UGCCUCAUGUAGCAAAAUCUGUCAAGCUUCAAUAAUAAUUCUAUCCUUUAUUAUGACUAUUUAAUUGAUUAAAAUCAUAUUCGUAGUUUAAUUUGUGUUCAGUAGUGUUACUUUGUGUACCUUUAGUAUGUUGUGUAACGUGUUUGAAUUAUAGUGGUUAAUACAUCAAUACGAUUAAUUAGUAUAGAUCAAUUAAAAGGACAGUUUUGUGAAGGAAAAGGUGAUACAUCAACAGUCGUCAAUGCGAAGUGGGGCGUUAGCGGCUAUGGAGGCUGAGCCCGACCUCAGCACCUUCGAGAAUAAAUCGGGGCUGGCCGAGGACAUGAAGUUCCUCGCGUCCAUGCCUGAACUGUGUGACGUCACGUUCCUCGUCGGAGAUACCAGGGAGCCGGUCUGUGCUGUUAAGGCGGUGCUGGCUGCCAGGAGUAGGGUAUUCCAAAAGAUGCUCUACCAAGCUCCUAGCCCGCAAAGGAAGAAGGAACCAGCUCCCAGAGAAAACAAACUGAGACUAUUUCUAAAGCGCUCGUCGGAACCCCUUCUGAAUUUGCAAAACGCCGCUCAACAGAGAUCGACUUUCGCGCAGCAAUUGGCACCCAUACAAGAGCCCUCAUCUCAACAGCAUCAGACCCUGAUCAUUGAAGAGUUUGAACCAGAUGUGUUCCGUCAGCUCAUCGAGUACAUCCAUACUGGGUGUGUCACUCUCCAACCGAGAACAUUAUUGGGUGUAAUGAACGCGGCUGACUACUACGGCCUGGAUGAGCUGCGUCGCGCAUGCGCUGGCUUUGUUCAAUGCUGCAUCACUGUGGAUACUGUUUGUGCGCUCCUGGCGUCUGCUGAGCGCUACAUACAGUACAAAUGCACCAAAAGUUUGGUCCAAAAGGUUUUGGAAUUUGUGGACGAGCAUGGUAAUGACGUUCUGAACCUCGGAUCCUUCACUCUGUUACCUCAACACGUAGUUAGAUUGAUACUGGCGCGAGACGAACUGAGAGCUGAUGAGUUUACCAAGUUCCAGGCGGCCUUAAUGUGGAGCAAGAAGUAUUGUGACACAAACCAGAACAUGUCACUCAAGGACGUGAUUGGCAACUUCCUGGAAUAUAUACAGUUCCACAAGAUUCCCGCCAAUGUGCUGAUGAGGGAGGUCCAUCCGCUAGGCCUGGUGCCAUACUCCAUCAUCAUGAACGCUUUGGCUUAUCAGGCAGACCCGGCCAGCGUAGAUCCAAGCAAACUGUCUCCAGCGCGAGUCCGUCGUGCCGGCCGUUCUAUGUCCGUGCAGUCUUCGCUUGACCCGUACGGCUCCAACACCACCCUCUCUUCGACCGGCUCGAGCGAUGUUCCGUCAUCAGACUCUCGGCACAACUAACGCGAGGGGAACCUCCCCCGUCCCGCGCCCGAACCCGUCCCUGGACCUUCCACCGCUCCUGUUGCCCCUCCGCCCGCGCCUGUGCCGGACAAGCCGCCGGAAAAACUUGGACUUUUCUCGUCUAUUAAACGAGCAGCUAGUAAAAAGUUUGGUGAUCGUCGUUCGCCCACGCCGAAAACGAGGGAACCCAGAUCUAAAUCAGACUCCAUAAAACAUGCAGCUCUAACCAGACAAGUCUCCGAGACAGUAGCUGCUUCGGGGGAUCCAACUUUCGAAAGAUGCAGACCGAGGAAACGAGACAGUGAAACUGAAUUCCCAGUCCGAAAGUCAGCCUCCGAGAUAUCCGAGAGUUUCCCAUUCGUGAGACGAGCAUUAGCAGAAAUAGAGAAUGGCUUAAAUUACUUCAGAAGAUCCAUAGCUUCGGACGCGAGUGAGCCAAGAGCGCCUUUAGCGCGGGCUGAACCUGUAGUAGUUGUAGACGCAGCAAACGAUGAUGCGCCGGCGUCUCCACCGCCGCCGAUGGGCUUAAAAGAGCGUCGUGGUUCUCGAGGCUCUCCGUGCGCUAACCUCCCGCCGCUAAUGCUGCCGCCGACCUCGCCAGACCCAUCUCCGGGACGCCUUUCUCCGAAUAGAUUGUCACCACAGAGGCCAAAAGAACCAUCUUCAGCACCAAUAAUACGUAACCCACCACGACGUGUGCGUACACGAUCCGAGGUGCCUCCUGAGCCUCCGCCGCGGUCUCCACAAACACCGCGCCCUGCAUCGGUUUCUCCGAAACACACGUUUACAUUUAAGAUAGUGUUGAAAAAAGUGGAGAGCACACCGAAUACUUCGUUUGAUAGACCUGACCAAUGAGAGUACCUCCUCUAAGCGCGGCCGCUGAACGCGGUGGGGUACUCGAGGUUAUAAACGCGCUUCUCUCCGUUUUCUAGGAAAUGCUAGCAUAGAUUAGUUAGCGACGAAAGAGCCAACGGAUUUGUCGAACGUGGUAUGUUAAAACGACGCUUUGAAACUUCUUCGUAUUCUUAUGAAUGAAGGGGCUGGUCCCCUAGCGCGGAUCGUCUUAUCGAUCCACAGAUAGUUGUACGUGUAUGUAAGUAACAACAUUGUGUAUGGUUCGACUUGUGGAUAACACGAUAAUUGUGGAAUUUUAAUAAUAAUGGUACACUUCCAAAAUUUUGUUUUUCACUAUGUUUUUAUUUGGUACUUCAUUGUGUGUAUCUGAAAUGUAUCAGAUUAUAUCGUUGUAAGUGUAACUGUCAAGUUUUAAAGUAAAUUCUGAAAAUACUGUAACAUUAUGUACUUUUAUACGAUUGCUAAGUGAAUAUAAACAGUUUCUCUAUAUGUAUUUUCGAUGUUAUACAAAGUGUCUAAUGUGAAAGUAUUUUUAUAAUGUUGUAUAUACAUUGAUAUGUUUGUUGUUGGCUUCGAUAGCAAUUCCCUGUGUGUUUUAUCUUGCUAUUUUUACACCACUUCUUUCUUAAAUUCAUAAUUCAUAUUCAUCAUUUCUUUAAUCAUGAGUGCGUGUAAAGCACGCUUUUAAAUAUGUGCUGUCAUUCUCUUAAACCUUUUGCUUGCAAACGAAGUCCAAAUAUUAUAAGUAGAUAUAAUUAUAUCUGAGUUCUUCCAUAAAAUAUAUUUUAUUACCAAAUAUAUCACUAGUGUGACAUUAUCUUUAGUUAUCCCAAUUAAUGUUAUCGAAGUAAACGAGAAUGUGUUGAACGAUUCGAUUACGUGUGUAGUGGUUAGGGCAGUUUUAGGACUUGUUGUUUCCACAAAGAUUAUGUCAGUCAACUAUUCACACAACGUUGGCCAAUUUGCAGAUACUGUUGCUUAUGUGGACUUCCAUCACUACAUACGUCUCGUUUCGUAUACGUAUGUUUUAUCAUUAGGGGUGGUUUAAGGCAACUUAGACACUAGUCGGAGGAAGCCCGCAGCCGGCCUUAAUAAGCCAAAGAUGGCCACCGCAGUUUUAGUUGGUAUGCAGUGCGUAGCGUGUGUUUUAUCAUUCAAAUCCAAGAUAGCUGUUGUGUUCUGUGGUAAUGAAUGUGUAAUUGUCUGUCAUAUAUCUUUAAUGUCUAUUCAUACAGUUCGAAAAUUAUUUACAAUAUAUGUGUACACUUAAAAUAAUUGGUGGUUUGUGUUUCCUGAAUAAUAUUUAAUAACAUAUGUAUCUACAUAAAUAUUAUUGGUAGAUUGUGGAAUCAAAUAUUUCUUAUAAAGCCUAGGAUUUAAAUUAUGGCCAAACUUGUACUAUUGCACAUAAUGAGCUCUCCAAAUAAAAUUGCAUUGUCUAAAUAUUUCUUCAGCACUGUGUUCAUACUGGACAACUUUAUAUCCGUAAAAGAAAAUUACGUGCAAAGCGACGAAAUUACGUCGUCUUAAGGCUUAAAACAGUUUAUAUUGUUUAUUUUUUGUUUGUAGAAAAUUCAUUACCUCUUUUCAUUUGUAGGCUACCUGUAAUGAACAUUUAGGUUUUAUUUGUUGUAUUUAAGCUUUGUCGUCGAAUAAUCUUACUAAAUGUUAUUUUUGUUUGAAUUUCGUGACCAUGUAAGUCGCAAAGUCGUCGAAACGUCGGUAAAUUUUUUUUACUAAAAACCGUGGUAAAAUCCGUAAAUAGUUCUGUUUCAGUGUCUGAAAUUUCGCAUAAAUUUAAAAAAACAUUCUUAGUUCAAUGUCGAUUUUUUUAAACGACGUUUGCUACCACUAUCUCUGUAAUUUUCUUGAAAAUUAGUAUGGAUUUUUCUUCUUUGAAUGUUUUUUGUUUUAAUUAUAUAUUGCUAAUACUAUACUAUGUGUCAAUUUCCCAAUAAAUUAAUGUAGGGCUAUAAACGUCAACUAUAGUUAUUAACGAAUUGUUGUUUAAAAACUCAAAGAAAUAUUUGAUCUACAAUCCACGUGCUACAGUAUUUACUUAAGAUAUAAAAUACUUCCAAUAUAAAUAUAUUUCAUCAUAACCAAGAAUAAACAAUUAUUCCUUGACUGAUAAUGUGCAAAUUUGAGCUAUAUUAAUAUAUUAAACUAAACCUUCUUGAUAAUGAUUUGGUAUUUUGUUCUAGCCUCGGUGGAACAGCACAAUGAUUUUUCAAAUAGCAACGUACAUACCUCAAAUCACUUUUUCAUAUUAUUUUUUUUUAACAAUUUGAUAUAUAUUUUUAAAUUUCAUUAUUUGCAUAAUUGAUUAAAAUAAUACUUAAACUUUAUAAUAUUUCAUUUGUUUCGAUGUAUUGGGAAUUUACUUAGACAAGAAAGCGAAUCGUUAGUGCCUGAGUUUUUAUUACAAUCAAAUUAAACAACUGGGCUUAUCGAUGGUUCCUAAGUAAACCAUCGUAUCUGAAAAGAAUGUGAUAUUCACUUUUUGAACGUUUCAUUAUCGAGGUACUGGUUACUACCAUACACAUUAAAAAAAAGUUAGUAAACAAUUUUUAAUGAAGUUUUUUUUUCAAUCUAUGCCAAUUUGCAUGAUUCUGGCAUACUUCUCGCGCUUCCUCCACCUUCAUCAAU